AUUCAAUACAACAGUCGUUCUUUCCUGUCCAAUCCAAGGAAUUUCAAGGCUGUUUAAAACAAAAUCCAGCGAUCGUGGCAAAAAAUAUCGCGGGUAAAAUAAGUCAACAACCCGGCCAAGUGAAAUGCACCCGACGUGAGUAUCAAGCUGGCGUUCAGAAGGUUUACGACGAAAUCAACCCAGUUUUCGAACGCGUGUUUAACGUCCCUCUUGAGAAAGCCCUGACGACUCUUCCGACCCUGAACAUUCAGACGAGUAGGAGUGCCACUGAAAGAAAAAGAGAAAGACGCAAACAAUUACGUAAAGCCAAAACGUCCAUUGAAAAACACUGGAAGAGUACAUCUGUAAUGAGGUACGUAUGUUAAAUUUCACUAAUUAUAAAUUUCAUUUGUAACAGAUUAUGAUAAACGUACUCGUAAUAUAAGGGUAAAUAUAUUGCUAGGAAAGCUAUAAAAUGUAAUAAAACUAAUAAAUCAAUGUAAUCACAUGAUUAAGGUGUUAUGGAAACCGCCAAUCAUUAUCAGCCGCACGAAGAUCACGCCUCACUAUGGCAUUUGAGAGCAAGGAUGAUGCGAAGAAGCGAAAUGAGAUGAGCAAUGGUUUGAAAAAACGUAAUCCUGUUGGGAAUGUGAACAAUAGAGUAUUCGAGCGAGAGAAAAUGAAGGAAGAAAUAGAAAGCUAUCCUGAUGGUAUUGCUGUCAACUGGUCAGAUCUAUCUGGGCGACACAAUAUCACCAACACCAAGGGGGAAUUGGCAAAAAAUGGAGGGCAGAUAGCUCAGGAGUGGCUAAAAAAAGAGGGCGUGAACAUUGACAGGUUCAAACGUAAGAAUGAUGGAAGUGAUAUACGAGUCCGGAGAAAGAAACUUAGGGGACAAGGAGGGGAAAUUAUGGUUGCAACUCCGCAGAAUAUUGACAAGGUGAAAGCUGAGAUAAGGAAGAAGAUUUCAUCUGGCGAAUAUACUGUUGGGCAACAAAUUGCACCAAGAAAGGUCAGUGCCAAACAGUAUUAUUUUACUUCAUUGCUAUCAAUGCUAUGAUAGACAGGGCCGAGAUUGAUAGACAGGAUAAAAAAUAAUGCAAUAAUCAGAUGUACUGUAGAUUUCUCUAGGGUCUGAUCUAUUUACAGGGUCUGUAUUGUAAGUAAUUUGUUAAUCAUUAAUCUUGAAGCAAACAUUCCAUUCCAUUUUCAUCUCGAUUUUAGUAUGAAAAGAUGGCAUUAAAUGAAAAUGGAGAGAUAGUUAGAUCUGAGUUUGUUGUGGAAGGACGAAAGCAGCCUUUGGUCGAGAUUAGAGAACGAACAUUGAAAAGCCAGGAGAAGCACAUGCGACAACGAUGUGAUGACGAGUACGAUAAAAUGACAAGUGAAAGUUUGAUAACGUGUCUCAAAGCAAUAAACGAGUACCAUGAAGACGAAAAUGUGCAGUCGAUGCGGGAUAGGCUAAAAGAUAUUGAGAGAACAAGGCAUCUAUGCAAUUCAUAA